UUUAUUUUUCAUUUUGUGGUGCUGGGGCUAGAACCCAGGGCUUUGUGCCUAACAGCCAAGAAGUUGACCACUGAUCUACAUCCCCCAUCCCAAUUUUGCAUUACUUUUAUAAAUAGGGGGAAAAAAAAGAUUAAAAGAACACAGAAGUUUUUCUUGAAGUAUAAAAGGAAUAGCCUGUUGGAAACAGCUAAAAUGAUGGAUAAAAUAAUAUGUAAUCUGAAUAAAAAGUAGGCAGUAUCAGGCCAGAAAGAAGCAACUGAGGAAGGUUUACAGAGCUAGAUUUGGACUCAAGGCCAUGUGCCGAACUAGGUGAUCUGACCCGUGUUUGUGGUUCCUGGUCUAGCAAGUCAGACUAUAGAGCCCAGUGCCCACCCAAGAGGAUGGAGGUGCUCCUAAAGCAGGGCAUCAGGAGGCUAAAUUAUCAGGAUAAGGUGACCUAGAAAUAAGCUCUUCCACCCCAGAGAACUACAAGUAAAAUAGAAUCUGUAACCUUGAGCCUGCCCUCACAGGCUUCAGUCUGCAUUUCUUCAUCCAGGCUUUACCUUCAUCUCCAAAAGAAGAACCAAAACCAUCCUGGAGCCAGUCAUUUGAUUAAAAAUAGUCUCAUACAUGCUGACUACAGAAACAAGCAUAAGUUCUUUCCAAGCUAAGAAAUGUGCCUUUAUGCCCAGGCUCAAAGAAUUCCCAUGUAUAGUAUUCCAAUGAAAACAGCUUUCUCACUCACAUUCCUUAAUGAAUACGUUUGCUCUGGAAAGAAAAAAGAAAGGAGAGCGAGCGAGCGAGAGAGAGAGAGAAACCUGCAAAGCAAAUUAUUUACUAAACACACAAUAGACUGGACAGUGUGAGUGAAGGCCAGCAGAAACAAGACAGAUGUUUCAGGCCCAAACUUUAGAUGUUGGAAUUAUCAGACCUGAUAUAGAUCUGUGGCUCCAGAAAGUCACCCGAUGCAGCUGUGAAGUCAUUCCAGGCUCUCAGUCCAGUACUUGGCAAUUUGAUUUGAAGAUGGCAGCCAGGGUGAUUUGGGGCAGCCUCAGCCUGCUCCGAGUGCUGUGGUGUCUCCUUCCCCAGACUGGCUACAUACAUCCAGAUGAGUUCUUCCAGUCACCUGAGGUCAUGGCAGAGGACAUCCUAGGCGUGCAAGCUACGCGGCCCUGGGAGUUUUAUCCCAGCAGCUCCUGCCGAACGGUGGUCUUCCCACUGCUGACCUCUGGCUCUGCCUUCUGGUUGCUCAGGCUCUGGGAAGAGCUGGGGCCCUGGCCUGACCUGGUGAGUGGCUAUUUGCUGCUAGUGGGGCCCCGACUCCUCCUCACUGCCCUCUCCUUUACCCUGGACUGGGGAAUGUACCAUUUGGCUCCACUGUGGAGGGCAGAUCGCUGGACAGCCUUGGCUCUGCUGUCUGGUUCCUAUGUCACCCUGGUUUUCUACACAAGGACCUUUUCUAACACCAUCGAGGGACUGCUCUUCACUUGGCUGCUGGUGCUGGUGUCCCCCCAUGUGGCAAGGACCCCUACAUCAAAGAAGCCUGCCCUAGGUCCGUGGUGGCACAGCUGGCUUCUUGGGGCCAUCCUGGCUGCUGGCUUCUUCAAUCGGCCCACCUUUCUAGCCUUUGCUGUGGUCCCCCUCUUCCUCUGGGGCAUCCGUACAGCCUUGGAACCUGGCUUCAAGGCCCUGACUCAGGAAGCCCUGGUCCUGAUGCUGGGGGCAGCCCUUGCUGCAGUGCUGUUUGUGGCCACAGACAGCUGGUACUUCUCUAACCUCUCGAGAUCCAGUAGUCUUGUUCUUACACCUGUCAACUUCUUGCACUACAACCUGGAUCCCCAAAACCUUGCACAGCAUGGUACGCAUGCACGGCUCACUCACCUGGCAGUCAAUGGCUUUCUGCUCUUUGGCAUGUUGCAUGCCCAGGCACUUCAGGCUGCAUGGCAACAGUUCCAAGUCUGCCUCCGGGCCUUUGCACAAAUGGGCCUCCUGAGUGCACUGGGUACCCAGGGUCUGCUGCCUAGUCCCAGAUCCUGUCUCCUUCUCCUCUAUCUAACACCCCUGGUCCUGCUAUCUGCCUUUAGCCACCAAGAGGCUCGGUUCCUGAUUCCUCUGAUAGUCCCCCUAAUCCUGCUUUGCAGUCCACAAACCCAACCUGUGCCCUGGAAGGGCACUCUGGUCCUUUUCAAUGCCCUAGGUGCCCUGUUCUUUGGCUGCCUGCAUCAGGGAGGUCUGGUACCUGGCUUGAAGUACCUGGAGCAGGUGGUCCACACACCUGUGCUUCCAGGCAUGACCACCCACUACACACUCCUCUUUGCUCAUACAUAUAUGCCUCCACAGCACCUCCUACACCUCUCAGGCCCGGGAUCACCUGUGGAGGUGGUGGACAUGGGUGGGUCUGAGGACAGGGUCCUGUGCCAAGCCCUGAACAACUUCACUAGACAACCAGCCUGCCAACUGGCUGGUGGGCCGUGGCUCUGCCGCCUCUUUGUGGUGACUCCUGGGACCAAAAGGCAUGCCGUGGAAAGGUGCAGUUUCCCUUACAAGAAUGAGACUUUUUUGUUUCCUCACUUGACCCUGGAAGACCCACCAGCCCUAUCCUCCCUGCUCAGUGGGGCUUGGAGGGACCACCUCAGUCUUCACAUCGUAGAGCUGGAGGAGAUGCCUGAUAUGACAGAGCAGUCAUUGCCCAAGGUGCAGCCAUAAAAGGCACCAUUUCACCCUCUACGCAGACAGUCCGGCUGGGUCACUGGAGCAGGGCCCCCGUCUUCCUUCUGGAUGCCCACUGCUGUCUCCUUGGAACAGCCACUGGCCAUUCUCCUCCUGGGUGAACCCCACAUUCCUUCCCUCAGACACCAAAGAUCUGAGCACAGUCCCAAUACCACAGAAACCAGUGUAACCACCAGCCCGUCUGCUUCUGCCCUCUUCCUUUCACUGUAAUGUCUAAAAUAUACAACAGCACCUGGCUAUGAAACACAAUGACUGCUAGUGACAUUCCGAGUGGCCGCUCCCAACCUCCAUGACGCUUUACUUCUUGCUACUAUGAAUUCUUCAGCUUUCAACCUGGCUUUUGAGACAGACAGUGGGCUAAAACAGAGAAAGCAGGUGGUUCAGUUCAGUUCUAGUCCCUCGUAUGCCACUCACUGUGAUGUUAAGAAAGCCCCUUCCAUUCACCCAAUACAUUGCCAUAUCAAGAGAUCUGAGGAUUGCUAAAGUGUUCACCAGUGACCAGUGUCAUUUCUGGAACCUAGAGCACAAGCACCCUAUCUUGACACACGUCUCUCACAACACCGUUUAACCAUGGAAGCGGGAAUUGUGUUAUAUUUAAUGGUACUUAGUGCCUGCGGACACAGGGUUCAGUUAUUUACUCAAACAAGUCAUUCUAGAAAAUUUCUCCCCAUUCUCCUUUACUCCUCUUCUUCAGAAGUGAUGGGAAACUAUCAAGCAAUUUUCUCAGGGGCUGGGGUUAUAGCUCAGUGGUGGAGUACCUAUUUAACAUGUUCAAGGACGUAGUGUGCCUACUGCCCCUAGAAAAAGAUCUCUCUCCCAGAAUACGGAAUCCAGAUGUCUGCCCUUCUCAGCACUAUUGUGUAUGAGGCCCUCUCAGCCUGCCCCAGAAGGAACUGGGAACGCAGGAUACUCAGAAUCUGGUACCCAGCCCAAAAGUUUUUCCAAUGGCUUCAAACUUUCUAGAUUGUAUGAUUAACUGGGUGAGAGGACCAGAAAUUCAACUUGGAGCCUCAAAAUGACAAGGUAUGUCAUAUGCAUGGCUUUUCCAUCCAAAGGUUCAACUUUUAACCAUAGUUUGUAUCCCAGACUAACCUUCAAAAACGGGGAAGAGGAAUUCAAGUAUCAUGUUCCAUGGUGGCAGUGAUCUUAAAUGCCUGGUGGUUAUGGAAAAGGCAGUCCCUGAGCUGGGUAAACACUGCAGAGUAGUCAUCAAGGGCACAUGUCUGGGUUCCCCUCACUCUGUAAAGGCUUUGGGUUACUUGAAAAGUGGCUUCCAUUUCCUCCUAUGAAUGAGAUUUUAGUAAGUGACAAAACCAUACAGAAUGCAACAAACACCAAGAGCAGGCUCUCAAUGUGUUAACUACUAUUACCAGGGGCUACAGUCUCCAGUACUCCAUUCUGUCUGAGAAGUACCACGGUCACACCUAUUAAUCAGCUUACACAUUUAAUAAGAGAUUUUGGCAGCAGCAGGAUUGUCUUUCCACCCACCGUCUCUCCUGGCACCCUCUUAUACAAGUGCAGGUGCAGCAACCGUUGAUCAAGUUCCAGUCCUGCUUGCAGAAAGAAGGCGGGCUCGCUUUCUGUGUGGCCAUGGUUUUCCGUAUGUGUCGUGUCCUGUUGUAGCUUCGUUAUGUCAGCCUUGUGGGCCUUUAUAUGCCGGGCAGAAUCACAGGGGUACCACGCAGAUGUCGGUUUGAUCUGAGCUCUGAAAGCGGCGUCUGCAUGCUAACAGUUGAGUCAGGGCUCGAAGUUGUGCACCAUGCCCGG